AUGGCUGCGCCAGCACAGCAUGUCGUGGUGGAGCCCGACGAUUUCAAUGACAACGACUCAUCAGUGGGAGAUGUCGGCACUGAUGGAACCUCCUCAACCGCAAGCUUAACCAGCUCAAUUCUCAACUAUCGCAAGGAGAAUGGCCGCACCUAUCACAGGUUUCGCGACGGGAAGUACCACUUCCCAAACGAUGAAGAAGAGAACGAAAGAUUGGACCUUCAACACCACAUCUUUGACCUCUCUUUCGAUGGCAAACUUGGGUUGGCGCCCCCCAAUAAACCUGAGUCCAAUGUUACCCGUGUGUUAGACCUGGGUACAGGAACGGGCAUCUGGGCCAUGGACUUUGGAGACGAGCAUCCCGGAGCCGAGGUGAUUGGCGUCGAUCUGUCACCCACGCAGCCGCAAUUUGUACCGCCCAACGUCAAGUUCGAAGUCGACGACAUCGAGGACAGCUGGACGUUCUCGCGUCCGUUUGAUUACAUCCACAGCCGAAUGAUGAACUCUAGCAUAUCCAAAUGGGAGGAGUACAUCCGUCAAUCUUACGAAAACCUCACCCCCGGCGGCUGGCUCGAGCUCCAGGAAUUCGCCCUACCCCUCUCCGACGAUGACACACUCAAGGAGGAGCACGCUCUCUACCAGUCCAUGAAGCACCUCGGCGAGGCGGCGGCCAAGACGGACCACGCUUUUGUCGACCUUGACGCGCUCAAGCAUAUGAUGGAGGCUGCCGGCUUCGUCGACGUGUCGGAGCUGCGCUUCAAGUGGCCCAGCAACACGUGGCCGCGGCACGCAAAAUUCAAAGAGCUCGGCGCCUGGAACUACGAGAACAUCACGGCCGGUCUGCAGGGGUUCCUCAUGGCGGCGCUGACACGCGGGUUGGGAUGGAAGGCGGAUGAGGUGAACGUGCUGGCUGCGCAGGCGAGGAAGGAUGUCGGGGAUCGGAAUAUUCAUGCGUACUGGCCCAUGAUUGUGGUGUAUGGCAGAAAGCCUGGCUCCGGUUAA